AGCGGGAGGAUCCGAGCGAGCCCUUGGCACAGCGGGUCAGUACCCGCCUUUCUCGGCCCGUGGGCUGCUCCCCGCCCCGCUGCUGGCUGGCUGGUGCCUUUCCAGCCCCGCGGAGCAUUGCCGCGGCUGCCUGCCCCGCUGCAGCUGGGAGCAGCGCGCCUGGCUGGGCGCCUCCGCCGGGCUGGAAGUUGGCCGCCCAGCAGUCGGGCGGCUGCCUUGUGCCCGGCACCUUCUCACCUGACAGGGGCAACUUCCCCCGGCAGACAGCCAGGACCUGGCUCAUCCCUGCCUCCAGAUCGCCCGGGCUGCGCUGCGCUGCACAGUCACUCACAGCUGCCACGUGAACCAGGGACCUUCAUCUUCAUGACGGAAGAGAGCGUCAUGGCCUUUAGGAUUCAAGAUUUUACUAGGCUGAGGAUUGACCGGGACUGAAAGAUUCUGGGUUACUCAUAAAUCUCCCCAAACUAACACACACACACAGUCCCUCUCUCCUCAUUGCUACCGUUAUUGGUUGUGAGUAGAAAGAUGGCAUCCAGCCUUACUUGCACUGGGAUGAUCUGGGCACUUCUCUCCUUCCUCUGCGCUGCUGCUUCCUGCAUAGGAUUCUUUAUGCCCUACUGGCUGUUGGGGUCUCAGCUGGAGAAGUCAGUGUCCUUUGGCACUUUCCGGAGGUGUUCCUAUCCAGUGCGGGAUGAGAGCCGCCAGACUACAGUGAUGGUAGAGCAGUGUGGCCGCUACGCAUCCUUCCAGGCCAUCCCAAGUGCUGAGUGGAGGAUCUGCACCGUGGUGACGGGGCUGGGCUGUGGCCUCCUCCUUUUGGUGGCGCUGACUGCACUCAUGGGCUGCUGUGUGUCCGAGCUCAUCUCCAGAACUGUGGGCAGGGUAGCAGGAGGCAUCCAGUUUCUGGGAGGCUUGUUGAUUGGCUCUGGCUGUGCUCUCUAUCCUUUGGGUUGGGACAGUGAAGAAGUUAGACAGACCUGUGGCAACCUUUCCAACCAGUUUGAAUUGGGUACUUGUGAAAUUGGCUGGGCUUACUACUGCACCGGAGGAGGAGCAGCUGCCGCUAUGUUAAUCUGCACUUGGUUGGCCUGCUUCUCUGGCAAGAAACAGAAACAGUACCCUUACUGAGGCUGGUGGCCUGAGAGUCCAGUUUAGAGAAUGAAUGAGCUUCGAGAGGCCGAAGUGACUUGCAGACUUCUUCUUCUGAACAAAGCGCUUUAGCUCCUAGCUGCAGAACAGCCAUUAUGAAAUGAGAAUGGACCUGGUCAAGGACGUGAGGUGACACUGUGAAUUGUGGGGAGGGUGGGGAGUCUGGAAAGCUGGACCAAAUGCUGUGACUCUCGGAAGGCAUGGGCAGUUCUUGCUUGACAGAGUAUAUUUCUGGUCUGUUCUAGAAGAAUACAAUUUUACGAGCAAGGAAUGCUCCCCUUUGUUAAAUUGUGAAGGUAUGGGUGUACCAAUGAAUUGAAAGACUGGUGAAAAUAAUAUUUUGGGUAGGGUAUAAAUCUUCCAAAAUUCCCCUUAAGCACAACACUCCUGAAAGUGUGCGUGCACACACAUACACACACACACACACCCGUAUAGACCAUGGCACAGAACAAAUAAAAUGCAAACUUAUUGGUGCAUUUUUUCUUUUUUUUAUUCAUUUGAUGGUUUAAAAUUCAAUGUUAUACCACUUUUUAAACUACACAUGAAACCUAAUAAAUGGACCAAUAAGCCACUUUAACAGUAUUUUGUAUAUUCUCUCUACUCUUUUUCCCAAAACAUUUAUUCACUGCUUAUUCAGCCCUAUAGAAUUUUUAUUUAGCUUCUGUGUUUUCAGCAUUAUUACAAAAAUGCAACAUUUUACUCAGCAUAUAUAGGGGCUUUGCCUAUAGUACUGUUAUGAAGGGCAGUAAAUGGACAUCUUUCAGUCCAGGGAGAAUUCCACUCAUGGUACUGUAGGAUAUUGUUGGUUACGUAAGACUAAUGGGAAACGUCUUCCAGAUAUAGAUUUGGUCAUUGUUACGUUUAGCUCAUUGUUGUUGUAUUGUGCUGUACCAUGUUUAUUAUUUCAAUAUUCAUUUUUGUAAAAAAAAAUAUAAAUGUGCUAUUAUGUUUGUAUUUGAAAAUCUCUGUAAAUAAAUUUUUCUCUGAUCAAUACUGGAAAUACA